CAGACUUAGAUUCAAAAAGAGAAGGUAAAUUACCAACAAUGAAGAAAAUCACUGCCCUAGCAAUUGUUCUACCACUAGCCCCUCUCUCUGUGUACACAUACAGAUUGCUGCAGGAGAAAAGAAGUGCGGUCCCUCGGAACUACGACGUGUUCUUGAGCUUCAAAGGCCCAGACACUCGCACCUGCUUCACCGAUUUCCUCUAUAACAGCCUAGUAGCUGCUGGGUUCCAUGUGUUCAGGGAUAAUGACUCGAUCCCAGUUGGUGAGCAGAUAGGCCCAGAGAAGUUCUGGGCCAUCAAGAGUUGUAGGAUCGCAAUCCCAAUCAUCUCCAAACAGUAUGCACAGAGUAAACGGUGCCUCCGUGAGCUCACCGAGAUUAUGGAUUGCCACAAAAAGCAUGGCAAAUCAGUCUUCCCUGUAUUCUAUAAGGUGGAUGUUGGCGAUGUCCGUCGCCAACGCGUUAACUUUGAAAAGGCUCUACGUAAACCUGAGAUUCAUAUCAGCCCUGAAGAAAUGGCAAAAUGGUGGAAUGCGUUGACUUCUGUAGCGAAGAUUAAAGGAUGGAUAUCACAGACCAUUGCUAAUGGGCAUGAAGCAGAGCUGGUGAAAAUGGUGGUCGCAAAGGUCUCGAGUGACUUGAAGACGAUGUGGAUCGAACGACUCCCUAUGUUCGUAAAAUCAGUGCAUCUUCACUUUUCAGAAAAGAAAAGAAGAGAAAGCCAAUACCAAGUGUUCUUAGCUUUUCGCGGCCCUGAUACUCGACACAGCCUUGCAGCUUACCUCUACAUCAGCCUUGUAGCUGCAGGAGUCAGAGUGUUUAACGAUGCUGAUCCAUCUCUCAUAGGCAAAGAUGUUGAUCACGAGAUUUGCAAUGCCAUCGACCAUUGUAAGAUAUCCAUUCCAAUUCUCUCUAAAGAUUAUCCCUCCUCUCGUUGGUGCCUCGAUGAACUUGCUCAAAUGGUUGAAUGCAAGAGAAGAAAGAGACAAAAGAUAUUACCCAUUUUCUAUAAAGUGAGGACCUCGCAUGUGCGAGACCUAUCAGGUGUUUUUGGAGAAAAGAUCCUCAAACAUGAGAAGAUGGUCGAUGAAUGUACUUAUGAGCGGUGGAAGCUAGCUCUCAAGGAGGUUGGAUCCUUCAAAGGAUGGGUAUCGGAGAGAAUCGCCAAUGGACAUGAAGGAGUACUUGUAAAAGAGGUCGUCAAGGAGGUUUCGAGGUUGUUAAAGAAUCCCAAGUACAUGAUCCCCCAUCCCUAUAUGCUAAAUUGACCUAGCGCUAGAGUUAGUAACAACUCAUUUUUAGAAUUUGUGAUUCUUGUUUUACAAGAGGAUUUGCCUCGAUGGUCAACUGUGUCAUCAUUUGCAUUAAUUUUCUGACUGGUGAGAAAUUGUUUUGGAGUUAAGAAACAUGUUUCACAUGUUAUGAUAUUGUGUAAUCUAUUUGAAUGUUUUUUGCUAGUCUUUAGAAUUAUGGAGGGA